AUGACUUCCAAAUUUGUUCUCUUGGUUCUUCUUGGUGUUCUUAUUUGCACCACCACUGCGAGAAAGCUAGUUGGCACUGAUGGUUCUUUCAAUGAUGAAAAAUUCUUAUUUGAUCACUGGAAUUUAGGAGGUGGCGGUGGCGGCGGAGGUGGUGGUGGAGGUGGAGGAAUAGGGGGUGGUUCUGGUUUUGGAGAAGGAUUUGGUGGUGGGUUUGGAGGCGGUGCUCAAGGAGGAGGAGGAGGAUAUGGAAGUGGAAUAGGAGGUUGA